GCCUUGCUCUUGCUGCCACCAUAAUCCCUGAGGGCCUCCCAGACUAAUAGAUUGCCAGAGCGAGGCCCCUCAUGGAGUCUUCUGCUCUCCUCCCUGCUCAGGUGUCGGGGAGCACCACCCGGGAGGCUCCCAGGGCUCUGUUCCUCUCCCGGGGCUCCGUCAUGUCGUGCUUCUCCCAGCUGUGGCACUCCAGCACUCCGGACUCUCCCACCAGCCCAACCCCUGCCUCUCCCGGUGAGAUCCCCAUCCCCAUCAGCCCCAUCGUGAGGCUGUCCCGCUGCGAGGUGUGCGACGACUGGAAGCGCAUCCUCCUCCUCUCCGCCCUCAUCAUCAUCCUCUUCUGCAUCAUCCUCUGGCCCGUCCAGUGCGCCCUCAAGACGGGCAACCUGCGCUGCUUCACCAGGACUGUGGCCAUGAGCAGGCCCGAGUACCUGCCCCCCAAACCCACCGAGGCGGCGGCGGCGGUGACACAACCCCCUUUCCAGUAG